AUGGCGCUUCUCUUGCUCCUCGCCUUCCUUCUGGCAACGGCUGCAACCCCGGCCGCAGUCGUCGCCAUGGACAACGGAACAAACGACGGCAGCAAAACCGCCACGUCGUCCCCGGUCCUGCUGUGCAACGGCGAGGGGUGCGAGCCACCGGCGCAGGCGCUGCCAAUCAACGGGUACCCGCCGCCGGCACCGUCGCUCCCAUCCGCACCGCCGGCGCCACCGUCGGCCCCGGGCUCACAGACGCCGUGCCCGCCCGUGACCGUCGUCUGCUGCGGCGGCGGCGGUGCCGGGGGGCAGUUCCCACAGCAGCCGAACAACUACGGGCCUCCUGCCGGUGGUUACGUGCCCUAUUACAGCAACGCCUCUGCCUCGCCUCCUGUGCUGCUUGUUCCUGUUACUGCUGGUUACUACGUCAUGGUUAUAGCUUGCAUCUUUUUACUGUGGACUCUGGUGUAG